AUGAGGUGUACAACAGUCCAUGAAUGUGAUUUGAGGUUUGUAAAUGACAACCAUCGUCAAGCAACCGCAUCACUUGUAGCCACUUCAUUGAAAAGGAAAUUGAAGGAUUGUCGGACAAUAUACAGACCAAGUGACAUAAUGAGAUAUGUGAAACAGAACUUUGGUUUGACCAUUCAUUAUUCGAAAGCUUGGAAAGCGAGGGAGUUAGCUCUAAUGUCCAUUAGAGGAUCAGCCGAGGAGGCAUUUUAUAUCCUUCCAACCUAUUGCUAUGAAUUGGAGCGUAUGAAUCCUGGCACAAAGACACACAUCCAUACUGAUGAGAACAAUCACUUUGUGUAUUUUUUUUAUGGCAGUUGGCGCAUGUAUAUUCAUUCUUCCAUGCGCCCAGUGAUAGCCGCGGAUGCCACUCAUUUAAAAUCUAAGUACAAGGGUGUUAUGUUUGUAGCAAAUGCAUUCAAUGGUAAUUGA